AUGGCCUCUUUCCAGGAUCGUGCUCAGCACGCCAUUGCCCAGCUCGACAAGGAGCUCUCCAAGUACCCUGUCCUCAACAACUUGGAGCGUCAGACCUCCGUCCCCAAGGUCUACGUGAUCCUUGGCCUCGUCGGCAUCUACUUCUUCCUGGUCUUCUUCAACAUCGCCGGUGAAUUCCUCGUCAACCUCGCUGGUUUCCUCAUCCCUGGAUACUACUCCCUGAACGCUCUGUUCACCGCCGGAAAGGCCGAUGACACACAGUGGUUGACGUACUGGGUUGUUUACGCUUUCUUCACCGUCGUUGAGAGCGCCAUCUCUGCUCCCUACUGGUUCCCCUUCUACUACAUCUUCAAGUUCGCCCUUGUCCUCUGGAUGUCUCUCCCCCAGACCAACGGUGCUCAAAUUGUCUUCCACUCCUUCAUCCAGCCCGUGCUCGGCCGCUUCUUCCAGGGCGGUUCCACCUCGGCCAACCUCCGCGCCCAGGCCGAGGCUGCCGCCAAGGACCAGUAA